AGAGCCACUGCUGCGGCCGCCGCCAUUUUAGCGUUUUGUCAGAAGCGUCCGUGCCGCGAGGAGGAGGCCCUGCUGGUUUCCGUGCGGGCUCUUGUCAGGAUGGUGAAGCUGUUCAUCGGAAACCUGCCCCGGGAGGCUACAGAGCAGGAGAUUCGCUCACUCUUCGAGCAGUAUGGGAAGGUGCUGGAAUGUGACAUCAUUAAGAAUUACGGCUUUGUGCACAUAGAAGAUAAAACUGCAGCUGAAGAUGCCAUACGCAACCUGCACCAUUACAAGCUUCAUGGGGUGAACAUCAACGUGGAAGCCAGCAAGAAUAAGAGCAAAACCUCAACAAAGUUGCAUGUGGGCAACAUCAGUCCCACUUGCACCAAUAAGGAGCUUCGAGCCAAGUUUGAGGAGUAUGGUCCGGUCAUCGAAUGUGACAUCGUGAAAGAUUAUGCCUUCGUACACAUGGAGCGGGCAGAGGAUGCAGUGGAGGCCAUCAGGGGCCUUGAUAACACAGAGUUUCAAGGCAAGAUAACCCCUGUGACAGAAGGCUACUGUUGCUGCAACAAAGGGCAUACAUUUUCAAGAACUGCAGUUUAAUUUUGGGGUCCAGGAAAAGCAGAAGAUGCUGAGAUGUCAUAUAUGGCGAACUGCACUAUUCUAAAUGUGUUUUAAUCUUUCACAGUAAACAAGCUUUCAGAAAUGGUCACAAGGGGUAGGAUAUCAAGGAGCAGCCAGUCAUUCACCCAAUUCCAACACACCUACACGUCACACUGUCACAGAGUUAGAGCCACAGUUCCAGUAGUUCCCCUAAUUGAACAAAUCAAAAGAAGAAAUCACUCCUAAAAUUCUCUAAUCCUUCUAUUGAUGAUGGGAACUCCAGACACCAAUGGCUGGGGGAAAAAAAAAGUUAACUCACACCAAGUUCCUCUACUUAUUACAGACAAAGGGCCAAAUCUUGGUCUUGAUCUGUGCCAAUCGACUUCAAAAGUUGUGACGUUCUUGGAUCAGUUCUGCUAGGGUGAGACCCGAAUUUGGAUCCCCAACAGUUCUGGAGUAUUUCAUCCUGGCAGCCUCAUUAACAUCAGGCUCCUGGGACUGCAACCAACUCAGGGUUAUUCAGUCCAUUUGAGGUUCACACCUGGAAGGUAAGUUUCUUUAAAAGUCAUCACUAAAAAGAGGUUAGUUGAACAACCACUGCUUGCAGUCAAAAUUCAUUUUAAAAUGUCCUAGCAAUACCUUUUGAAGACUACAAUAUAUGAAUUUAAUAUUUAACUUUGAAACAUAAGAGAAACAGGUUAUCUGAUAGAUUUAUACCAGCUUACUUCAGAAGCAUAUCCCAUCUCAUGCUAGAUCCAGCUGCAUUAAAAGUAAAAAUUAAUGGCAAACUACAAAUUUUAAGAUCAUUUGCUUCACACAUAAACACAGACUGGCUGCACGGUGGUCUCAAGAGAUCUCAAGACUUGUUUACAUGCAUAUAGGGGUACAACUUAUUACAGGUUCGUAACAUUUGCUUCUCAAUUCACAUAAAAAAGCAAAUUCCUAUGGCUUUGCUUUUUUUUUUUUUUUAUUUUUAUUUUUUGAGAGAGAGAGGAGCCACUCUGUUGCCCAGGCUGGAAUGCAGUGGCUAACUGCAGUCCCUCACUCCUGGGCUCAAGGGAUCCUCCAGCCUCAGCCUCCUGAAUAGUUGGGACUACAGGUGGGAGCCACUGUACACAGCUGCUUUGUUAUCUUCUACAUAAAUACCAAAGGGAUAAGUUAGGAACACCAGAAACUCAGUAGUAACUCACUUUAACCUUGCUUCUGGGGCUCCAAUUCAAGUGAUGCUCAUUUUCAAGGUACAAGAAAAACCAUGAGAAUGUAAAGUUGUCAUAAUGCCAUUUCCACUCAGAUAAAAAGAUUUAUCUAUUUAUAGAUACUCAAAAUUAUUCCUGGCAUUUUAGCACUUUUGGUGCACAUUUCCUGAUGUAGGAAAUAGUAAAAUUUCAGAGCGUAUGGCAUUGGCUUUCACUACCUAUGCAAUUUUCUACACAUCUGAAAAUUACCAGUUUAUCUAACUUAUCUAACUCCUGAAAUGUUCCUCUCUUCAACAACAAAAAACACAAAACAAAAAUUGCUGGAAGAAAUGGGAAGCAUCCAGCUUUAAAUGACAGCAUAACAGGCUAUGAAGAAAUAGGGCUUAAGUGCCCAUAUAGAACAAGAUACUAGUCUAGAUUACUAAUAAGGACUCCAUGGGGCAGAAGAUCAAAACAUUCAACUUUCAAGUAAAUGUCUUAGAAGCAAACAUUUGAAAUUUAUAGGACUUCCUCUGGCAUUUGGUAUGAUAUUCGAAGAGUUUCCUUUGACAAAGGGUAAUGACCCAAGAAGUAGUUUGUUUUUUUGCUUUUGUUUUUUUUUUAAAAAGGAGAGAAGGGUCUCACUCUGUUGCCCAGGCUGGAAUACAGUGGUGUGAUCAUAGCUCACUGUGGCCUCUUUUAACUCCUGGGCUUAAGUGAUCCUUCCAACCUCAGCAUUCUGAGUAGCUGGGAUCACAGGUGCUCCCCAUUACACCCUGCUAAUUUAAUUUUCUUUGUAGAGACAGGGUCUUGCUAUGUUGCCUAGGCUGGUCUUGAACUCCUGGGCUCAAGUGAUCCUCCCGCCUCAGCCUCCCAGUGUCAGGAUUACAGGCGUGAGCCACUGCCUCUGCCCUCAAGUAGCAACUUUAUUAGCAAACUGUAAGCCUAAAUAGUUAAAAUUCUCACUGUGAUAUUAAUUACUAAGCCCUGAACCUAUGCCCUUCAGCUUUACCAUGGCAGUACUUCUGUAGUAGAGCGAGCACGGGUUUCGGAAUCAGGCCCAUAAAAUAUUUCAGUCUUAUCGUAUAGAUGAUAUAUAGAGAGCAUGUAACAAAUGUUAGAUCUCUCAAAUGUUUUUCUGUAACCCAAAUAUACUUACAACUGAUUAAAGAAUGUUCUAUCAAAUUGAA